CCGCGACCGAGGGGUGAGCUCACGUUCUUUUUGUAACUCUGUGUGGUUGACUCCCACUGCCCAAAAAAGCAGCAUCAUCAGAGCCAGGCUUUGUGAGGUGGCCCCAGUGCGCUCUUAAAGCUCACAGCAGACAGGGUUAGUAAGGACCCUGGUGCUUGUUGCUGCCACACUCCCAACGCCCUCACUCUACUCACGCCCAGCUGGAGGUCAUGAGCACCUUUGGCUAUCGCCGAGAGCUCAGCAAGUAUGAGGACAUGGACGAGGACGAGCUCCUGGCCUCGCUCACGGCCGAGGAGCUCCGGGAGCUGGAGAAGGAGCUGGCCGACAUCGACCCAGACGGCUACGUCCCCGUCGGACUGAGGCAGAGGGACCAGACGGCUAAAACCCCCACUGGCACCUUCAGCCGGGAGGCUCUUAUGAAGUAUUGGGAGAAGGAGACGCAGAAGCUGAUGGAGAACGAGAGAAGGAACUCCUCCAGCCCCCAGGAUGGUCAAAGUCAUGAGACAGAGGAACGUGUGAGGGGAAGAAAUAGCUCCGAUUCAGAGGACGAGAGAGAAAGUGCAGAAGAGAGUGAAAAGGACAGAGGAGAACAGAAUCAUGAAGAAGAAGAAGAAGAAGAAGAAGAAGAAGAAGAAGAAGAAGAGAGUGAAUCAGAGGAGACUAGUAGUGAAGAUGAGGCAGACAGAGAUGGAGAUGAAGAUGCAGAGGAUAAAGGACAGAAAGACAUAAAGGAGAAUGUUCCAGAGCAGCAUCCUCCUUCACAUCACCUAUGUAAUGGCCACUCAGUCCUCAAAACACUGGAGCCCGUGAGAAGGAGUUCACCAGUGGAACCAACCGUCAGAGCCCAGCAAAGCACCCAGCUCUCGGGGAACCCCACCAUUGUGGAUGAGGCUCUGGAGAAGAUCCUCACCGACGACCCUGACACCAUGGAGGUCAACCUGAACAACAUCGACAACAUCUCACAGGAAACGUUGACCCAGUUCGCACAGGCACUUGAGUCCAACACGCACGUGCGCGUCUUCAGCCUAGCGAACACGCACGCCGAUGACCACGUGGCCUUUGCCAUCGCCAAGAUGCUGCGUGCGAACUGUCACGUGACCAACCUCAACAUCGAGUCCAACUUCGUGACGGGGAAGGGCGUGCUGGCCCUGGUGCAGGCACUCAUGCACAACAGCACGCUCACCGAGCUCCGCUUCCACAACCAGCGGCACAUGUGCGGAGGCCAGGUGGAGAUGGAGAUGGUGAAGCUCCUCCGAGACAACACCACCCUGCUCAAGCUGGGCUACCAGUUCGACCUGCCGGGCCCACGCAUGACCAUGACGGGCAUUCUCACGCGGAACCAGGACCGGCACAGGCAGAGGCGCAUGCAGGAGCUCCGCCGGCAGGGCGGUGCCACCACGCCCCUGGAUGGCCGCGCGGGCGCGCUGCAGAAGAGCACGCCCGUGUCGUCACCUUUCACCUCGCCCUGGUGCUCUCCGCGGCUACCACGCCACGAUGCGGGCAAAAAGAACUUGCCUCCGGCCCCUCCGCCGCCCCCGCCGCCCCCUCCUCCACCUCCACCUCCACCCAAAGCCCAAAGCAUCCCUGAGAAGAAAACCCCCACCAGAACGAUUGCGGAGGUGAUCAGACUCCACGAGGCCGGAUCCACGAAGAUACGAGCGGCUCCGGUCACGGGCAAGAAAUCGCGGAAGCGUCCAAAGGAGAAAGAGAAGGACGGUGUCCUGAAGGAGCUGAAGACGGCGCUAAGGCCCAUCGCUGAGCGGGACUUCCCCAGACCGUCCACGCCACAACGAUCGGCACACGAUCAACUCAUGGCUGAUAUCCAAGCAAGCAGCAUCAAAUCUCUGAGACGGGUGGAGGUUCCUCAACAUCUCCGGUAACAUGCCCAGACUACGCUGGACCAAGAACAAAGGGGUGGUGUGUCAAAUAUCAUUUCCAGACAUCCCACCAAACGGCCCCUGUUCAAGAGUAACAGGUGUCCGUGUAAAUGUGUUGGCUUGCUGUUAAGAACCAUCUUACAUUUUUACAGUUCAGUCACACGACGGUAAUCGCCUGCACCGAGUGUGUCUUGUUUAUCCUGUUCCUUGCUCCUGUCUGGAGUUUCCCUGAUACAUUACAGGACGUCACUGCAUAAAGGAUCUAGACAGACAACUGGAAAUGGAAAGGCCUGGAUAUAUAUACUUUAUUCUUAUUUUGACACUAGUGACACCAAGGGUUCUUAUUGUUUUAUAGAGUUGAAGUUUUUUUGAGGUCUUUACACUGAUCAGAACAAUGUAAUGUCAUGAGAUUCAUUUAAAUUUCAUAUUUUUGUUUGUAUAAAUGUAAAUAGUUGCUUUGAUGUGGAAAAUUAAACGUUUUUCAUUUGAUUA